CAAGAUGGACCGCAGCGAUCGCGUCGACACCGUUAACAAGCCCGUGUCUUAGCUCUGCUGCGUUUCUUGGCGCAAUGGCUGAAAUUAACAACCACACAGGUCCGUAAUAAUCACGUUAUGAGGAAUCACCGUUAGUCGUAAGAAUGACUUCUCGAGAUAUUUUUUGCUGCCGAUUGACGAUUGCGCAUCUGGAUUUGCCGAAGCUGACUGACACUAGCUAGCUAGCUAGCAAACAAGCUAGUGGACUAGUGAGCGGUAGCCCCUGCCUCCUGGUGCCCUGUGCCGUGAUUCACAGCCAGCGCUAGCUAAGUGAGCUAGCCGUGCCAGCUUUAGCCACUUGCUAACGACAAGUUAGCCUCUGUGGUAAACUGGAGACUGAAAAUGUAAAUUAAAAUGGGACAGAAGAGACGGGAACUGGUGGUUUCAAGGAUGGCCUCAUUCCUUCCUGUCUCCCUGGUGCUGGUGGUUUUACUGCUGGCUGGGGCCCCUGGAUGCCAGGCAGGGGACUGCAAGGGUCACAGGCAGGUGCUGAGGGGACCACCAGGCUACGUCACAGAUGGACCAGGAAACUACUCCGUUAAUGGAAACUGCGAAUGGCUCAUCAAAGCACCCAGCAGCAAUCACCGCAUUGUCUUGAAUUUCACCUUCAUGGACACGGAAUGUACCUAUGACUACCUGUUUGUUUAUGAUGGAGAUUCCUACCAGAGCCCCCUCCUAGCCAGUCUGAGUGGCAACACUCUUCCACAACCCAUGGAAGCCAAAUCUGGCAAGAUGCUACUCCACCUCUUCAGUGAUGCUAACUACAACCUUCUGGGCUUCAAUGCCACUUACACUUUCUCAAUGUGCCCUGGAGCCUGUGGAGGCCAUGGGCGUUGUGACUCAUCUACAUCCCAGUGCCACUGCCACCAAGGUUGGGGAGGUGUGGACUGUACAGUCCCUCUGUGCUCCCAGGCCUGCUCUCUACAUGGUCAAUGUGACAAGAAAGGAGAGCGCUGCCUGUGUAGCCCCGGCUUCCUCGGUCAAGACUGCCAGCUUGGUCUCCGUAACAAUAGUGGGUCGGGGCAGUGGUGGCAUGUGAAUGAGGGAAGCCCCUACACCCCUCCCAGGACGGGCUCUGCUGGGGUCUACUUGUCCUCCACUGGUGCCAUGUACUUGUUCGGAGGCUUUGACCUGAACAGAGCUCUAGGUGACCUGAUCAAAUACAACUUCACAUCCAACCAAUGGGAGAACAGGUCUUACGGUUACUCUCCUGCGGCUCGUCAUUCCCACACUGCAGUAGAGUGGAAGGGUAAUAUGGUUAUCUUUGGAGGAGAGCUAGCCAGUGGCGCUCUGGCCAGUGAUGUCUGGAUGUACCGCCCAGUCCAGGAUGACUGGCAGCAGCUUGGCUUAUCAACCUCACCCGGAGCUCCUAAAUUGGCCAAUCACGCAGCAGCUGUGGUAGACAGUUAUCUUUAUGUAUUUGGAGGUCGCACUGAGGAGGACAUGUUCUCCUCCUCUCUGUAUCGGUUCGGUCUGCAUGGCUCUGGGUUGUGGGAGACUGUUCAGUUCACUGGGGGGAAGCCUCCCGCCACUGCCGGCCACUCCAUGGUGUUCCACAGUCCCUCCAGGACGCUACUAGUCUACGGGGGCCACAGGCCUACCACAGCCAGGUUCAGUGUGAGGGUGAACAGCACCGAUGUAUUCCAUGUCGACCGGCGGUUUUGGACAUCAUUCCGCUCCCGUUUCCCAGCCAGCGGACCCAGAGAGAGAGCCUUCCAUUCAGCUACUGUCAUUGGAAAUUACAUGGUGGUCUACGGGGGGAAUGUACAUAUUCACUAUCAAGAGGAGAAGUGCUAUGACGAGGAGAUCUUCUUUUACCAUCUUGGCUGUCACCAAUGGGUUUCUGCCGGAGAGAGCUUUUCACACCGAGGGGAGGCUGUGAGGGGGCGAUACUCACAUGUUGCUGCUGUGAUGGAGGGGCGAGUGCUGCUGGUUGCUGGGGGUUACAGUGGCGUUGCCCGUGGAGACCUGGUGGCUUACAAAGUUCCAUUGUUUGUCAGUAGCGACCCAGGAGACAGGGAUGCUGUGUGUGAUGAGGCACCAGAUGAAAGCAUGUGCCUAAAAAACCCAGAAUGCAGCUGGUGUGAAGGCCGCUGUCGAGAAUACCAGCCCACAAAUCCGUGUGGCAGCACCGGGUGCCUGGGCCUGGCACGCUUCCUGUCUGACUGUCAGUCCUGUCUCGUAUUCAGUGGCACUCCAGCCUCUCUGGCCCGUGCCCCUGGUGACUUCGGCUGGUGUGUCCAAAACGAGUCUUGCCUGCCGGUAUCAGAGCGAAGUGCGUGCCGUGUGGACCAGAUCUCAGGGGCGUACGGCUGGUGGGGGGAGCGUACCCGUUUCCUAACCUCCCUCCACUCCUGUCGCACCGAGAACUAUGUCCCAGGACUGCACCUGCUCACCUUCCAGCACCCCCGCAACGACUCCCAGCCUGAUAAGGUGUCCAUCCUCCGCAGCACCACCAUCAUCCUUAGUCCCACCACAGAAAUGGACGUAGCCCUGCAGUUCAGGGGCUUCAUCCACCCGCUGUGGGGGGCUCCCCCACCUGCAUCCCCCCCCACUGAGACUGUCUCCAUGUGGGCUCGCAUCCAGAGGUUGCACUUUGAGGCCCGCAUGGCACCAGGACCCAACUCUAGCCAACUGGAGGUGGUGGGUCGCUGGGCAGCCCAGCAAGAGAAGGAGAUGAAGCUACUGGCUCGUCCAGAUGGUAGCAGACUGUUCCCGAACUUGACCAGGGGCAACCAUUACCUGGUUCAGGCUGAGGGCUACCUCAACAACUCGGGCUCAGGACAAACCAGUGAGAUGGCCCUGAUCUGGAACAGAACAGCUCUGCCUGGUGGGAGUGAGAUCUCCUUCCUGUUCUUGGAGCCAUACCGCUCAGGCUCCUGCUCAGGCUACAUGUCCUGCCUAGCCUGUCUGUCAGACCAGUCUUGUGGCUGGUGCCCAUCCCUGUCCCGCUGCUUGCUGCGUAACAGCCCCGACCUUGAGCCCUGCCCUGAGGAGCAGGGAGGGGGACAACGCCAUCUGCUGCUGGCUCCACAACACUGCAUCUUGUGUGAAGAGUACAGGGACUGCUCCGCUUGCACUCAGGACCCAUACUGCGAGUGGCAGAUUAACUUAAGUAAGAAGGGUGACUAUCAGUGUAGCCGACGGGGCAGGCUGGAUGGAUCCAUUCGUGACCCAGGGGGAUGUCCUAAAGUCUGCAACCAGAGGCACACAUGUGGUGAAUGCCUGUCUAACUCUAGCCAGUGUGCAUGGUGUGAAUCAGCCCAGGCCUGCUUUUAUUUUGCAGCCUAUCUCACAAAGUACCCCUAUGGAGAGUGCAGGGACUGGUAUGACAGUGUCCAUUCGGUUCCCCAGUGUAAGCAGUGCUCAGCUUUAAACACCUGCACAGACUGCUUGCGCACAUUCCAGUGUGGCUGGUGUGGAGACUACAACAACCCCACCAUUGGAAAGUGUUUAAGAGGAGACUGGGGAGGAAUGGACGACCCCUCUGUGUAUAACUGCAGUGUGGCUGUGGCUGAAGUACGAGCUGCAAACCCGGAGCCCCAGACCUCAGCCCCUCCUCGGCCCAUGGAAAUGGAGAUGGAGCUGGAGCACCUGGAUGACGGGGACAAAGACGCUGUGUGGUCCUAUCCCACCUGCCCUGAUGUGGAGGAGUGUAGGCUGGGCCUCCACAACUGCCACCUUUUUGCCACCUGUGUCAACACCCCCACCUCCUAUGAGUGCCACUGUGAGAGGGGAUACACUGGGGACGGCACCCUGCACUGCAACCAGACUUGCUACAAUGAGUGUCGUGAGGGCCAGUGUAGUGGCAGCCCACGGUUUGAGUGUGAAUGCUCCUUGGGCUGGACGUCUGACCCUGCCACACUGGUUCUGAGUGGUGUGGAGUGUGAUGUGGACUGUGGCUGCAAUUUUCACUCCACCUGUAUUACUGCUCCAGGGAUCUGCGACCAGUGCCAGGACUGGACCACAGGCCCCCAUUGUGAGCACUGCCGUCCAGGGAGCUUUGGUUCAGCCCUGGCUGGUGGAGGGGGCUGUGUGCCCUGUGAGUGUAAUGGACAUGGGGACCCCCUGCAGGGCUACUGCCACAACCAGACAGGCCAGUGCUACUGCACACACAAUACACAGGGACCACACUGUGAGUCCUGCCUGCCUGGUUACUAUGGAGACCCCAGCAACAAUGGCACGUGCUUCCGCCAGUGCCAGGGGCGUUCUGUGCUGCUCUCCUCCACCUCCUCCUCUCCCCUCCCCCUCUCCUCUUCUCUGGGGUGGCGAGGUGGAACUGGGGGGAGAGGAGGUCUCUCUCAUUGCCUGUGGGUGCUGUCUGUGACAGAGAACCUGGCACCAUGUCUGCCUAGACAGCUGUGUCCUCCAGUUGUUCUCACUCUACACCCAGACUCCCAUACACAGUGCACUGGUUCCUAUGUCUAUGUUUUUGAUGGCCUCCCUCGUUUCCUUGGCAAUGGAGUGGUACAUUCAGACCACAACCUGAUUGGAGCAUUUUGUGGCACCACAAGGAAUCAGCCUAUCACUGUAGAGGCCACCUCAGGUGUGAUCUCCGUCUACUUUGAAGCCAACGUCUCCUCAAACAGACCUCAGGGCUUCAAUGCUUCUUUUUGGGUGCGGAGGUGUCGCCAGAGCUCUGACGGGGAUGAAGAUGGGUCACCAGUGUGCCAGGGUGGGGCCCAGUGUCACGGAGGUCUAUGCCAGUGCCCGCAGGGUUAUGGAGGGCCCCACUGUGACCGGCCCAUCUGUCCCCAGGACUGUGGACUAGUAGAGGGAAGAGGAUCUUGUAAUAUAUCUCUGGGAGUUUGUGUGUGCUCAGAUGGCUGGGCUGGCCCUGACUGCUCUGUUCCUGUGGACUCCAGCAGCAUGGUGUGGGAAACACUCUUGGACACACAACUCACAGUGAACCAGGCACACAGGUUCCUCCACAGGAUGGGCCACUCUCUCGUGUCUGGACCACAGGGGAACCUCUGGAUGUAUGGAGGACUGUCUUUGUCAGAGGGCAUCCUGGGAAAUGUCUACAGAUAUUCUGUGUCAGAGCGACGCUGGACCCAAAUGUUGACAAGCUCAGUGGAAGAAGGCUCCACCCCCAGCCCUCGCUAUCAUCACGCCUCCGCCCUGCUGACCAACUAUGAGCCUCAAGGAGCCAGUCACAACUUCAUGCUGGUGGUGGGCGGGGUCACGCAAAGUGGUGUUGCCAUGGAUACCUGGAGCCUCAAUCUUAGCAGUUUAGUCUGGAGAGAAUACAAGAGCUCAGUCCUGCCCCCGGUGGCAGGCCACACUUUGACGGUACGACGAGACUCCUCUGUGCUGUUGAUAGGAGGUUACUCUCCAGAGAACGGCUUCAACCACCAUCUGCUGGAGUUCAGCCCUCAGACUGGAAACUGGACCAUUGCGCCUCACACUGGCACACCACCUACAGGUUUAUAUGGCCAUUCAGCAGUGUACCAUGAGCAGACUGAUGCUGUCUAUAUCUUUGGAGGCUACCGCUUCCAUGUGGAGACUGUUGAGCCCUCAGGAGAGCUCUACAGUCUGUACUACCCCAACCUCACCUGGUCUCUACUGGUCCCCUCGCAGGGUAAUAAGCCCCUGUCCCGCUUCUUCCAUGCUGCAGCCCUAAUCAAAGACACCAUGGUGAUUGUUGGAGGGAGGACGGAAGACGAGGACUACAGUAACUCCGUCUCUCUCUACCAGAUCAACUGUAACACCUGGAUACAACCAGCUUCAGCUGUGGGCGAACCUGUUAACCGCUCGGUGUCUCUUGCCAUGACAAGCUGGGCUGGACACCUCUUCCUGUCAGGAGGCUUCAAUGGAGUCACGCUGGGCCGACUCCUAACCCUGACCGUGCCCUCUGACCCCUGUGCUCUACUGCCCACACCAGAGGCCUGCAACACCACCACAGGCAGCUGUGUAUGGUGUAGAGGUGCUUGUGCUUCGUCUGAUACUGCUGAAAGAGUGGGCUGUUCCACCGGCCAGUCUCCUUGUUCCCCCACCCCUCGUCAACCAGACCAGUGUCGCAGACUGAAGACCUGCAGUGAGUGCUUGGCCCGACACCCCCGGACAUUCUCCAGCCCAUCACAGCCGGCCCUGCAGUGUAAGUGGUGCACCAACUGUCCAGAGGGGGCAUGUAUCAGCAGCUCUGUCAGCUGCACGUCUGAACACGACUGUAGGAUCAACCAGAGAGAGAUUUUCCUCUCCAGCAACUGUACGGAGACCAGCUGUGAGGCCUCUGACUGCCCCAAAUGUACCGCCUCGGGAAAAUGCAUGUGGACUCGCCAGUUUAAGCGCACAGGUGAGACCAGGCGCAUCUUGAGUGUGAACCCCACCUAUGACUGGACGUGCUUCAGCUAUGCGCUGCUCAACGUCUCGCCCAUGCAGGUGGAGUCGUCUCCCCCUCUGCCCUGCCCUCCCCCUUGCCACACCCUGCACAACUGCAGCCUCUGUCUGGGCUCACGGGGCUCUGAUGGGGGCUGGCAGCACUGUGUGUGGAGCAUGGCACUACAGCAGUGCAUGAGUCCGUCCUUUGUGCCCCUGCGAUGUGAGGCAGGCCAGUGCGGUCGUCUGCUCUCCGGAGGGGACUCCUGCUCCCCCCAGUGCUCCCAGCUCACCCAGUGCUCCCAGUGCAUUGCCAGGCCUCAGUGCGGCUGGUGUGCUGCCCGUGGAGGAAAUGGUGCUGGACGCUGCCUGCAAGGCGGACUCGAUGGUGUGAGCGAGGGUGUUUGCCCCCUGAGGAACAGCAGCUGGUCUUUCCUCCACUGUCCAGAGGAGGACGAGUGCGCUAACGGCCAUCACCACUGCAACAGCACCCAGGACUGCCAUGACCUGCCCCAGGGAUACCACUGCACCUGCAAACAUGGUUACAUAUUGAGCAGUGUUUCUGGCCAGUGUGAGCCAGUGUGUGCACAAGGCUGUGUGAACGGGACGUGUGUGUCACCAGGAGUAUGCCAGUGUCACUUUGGCUUUGUGGGGGAGAACUGCUCCUCUCAGUGCAGCUGCAACAAACACAGCAACUGUGCCAGUGUUAACAAGCCAGACGUUUGCCUGGAGUGCCACAAUAACACCAUUGGCAAGCACUGCGAGAAGUGUAAGCCUCUGUUUGUGGGCUCUGCCAAGGGUGGGGGAACUUGUCGUCCAUGUCGAGAGUUUUGCAGAGGUAACAGCGCUGUGUGUCUGUCCCGGGAUGAACAUAAGAAAGCCCUUGAAAACCCACGCCUUUACCCCCUGGACCCCAUCAGCAUACAGAACUGGGUGUCAGAGGGUCCCACGGAAGAGAAUGCAGUGUGUGUGAGCUGCCAGAACAACAGUGUAGGGGAUAAGUGUGAGAGCUGCCUUAGUGGCUACUUCCUACUGCAGGGGAAGUGUGAGAAGUGUCAGUGUAAUGGCCAUGCAGAUACCUGUAAUGAACAUGAUGGCACAGGGUGCCCUUGCCAGAACAACACAGAGACUUCAUCCUGCCUUAGCAGCCCUCAGAGUGACCGCAAAGACUGCUACAGACAGCAGUGUGCAAAGUGUAAAGACUCUUUCAAUGGCACACCGGUGAACGGGCGUCAGUGCUACCGUCAGUUCAACGUGGACAGCGAGUGCUGCUUUGACCCGACGUCCCAGACCAACUGCUUCCAUGACCCCACCAUCCGCAAUCUGCCCAAGGGACGCACUGUCUUCUUCGCCGCCCAGCCGAAGUUCACUAACGUGGACAUCCGUGUCACCAUUGAUGUAACAUUUGGUGAGGUGGAGGUGUAUGUGUCCAACUCUCAUGACACCUUCAUUGUGGAUGUAGACCGCCAAACGGGCAUUCACACCAUCAAGAUCGAGGAGGAAUCAGUAGCUCGGGGAACAGCAACAGGGGUAGACAAGGAGUCACCUCCGUCCCCCAUAAAGGUCUUCGCCAACACCUCGUCCAGUCAUGGUGGUCCCAUGCUCUCCAGUAACCCCUUGCAGCAGCUGCAGGCCAAGCCACCUGGGGCAGAGAGGGAGGUUAGGGAGGAGCGGGCAGAGGGGCUUAUCUCCUACAUCACUGUGUGGAAACCCCAGACAGUGCUGAUUGUCCGUGGUGUAAGGGAUCGUGUAGUCAUCACCUUCCCCCAUGAGGUGCACUCCCUGAAGUCCAGCCGCUUCUACAUCGCCCUGAGAGGGGUGGGAACUGAGGAGAGACAGGGAGAGUCCCAGGGCCUGCUGUUUUUACGCCAGGACCAAGCCCAUAUCGAUCUCUUUGUCUUCUUCUCUGUUUUCUUUUCCUGCUUCUUCCUCUUCCUGUCUGUCUGCGUCCUUCUCUGGAAGGUGAAACAGUUCCUGGACUUCCGUCGGGAGCAGCGCCGCCAUAUCCAGGAGAUGACCAAGAUGGCGUCUCGGCCGUUUGCCAAGCUCACAGUCUACCUUGAGCCUGAGGAGCCUCAGCUCAUUUACCUGCCGUCAGCUGGAGGAGGGGGAGGGGGCAGCACCGUGUCGCUUGCCCAUGCCCGCACAAGCAAGCUGGGUGGUGUGGUGGUGGGCCAGAGGGGCAGGGCUGGAGCUGUCUCCUACAAACAUGACCCGGGCUCCGGACCCACCGCACACCACCACCAUCACCUCACCCUGGGUGGUGGUGGCAACAGUGGCCAGCACCUUCCCCUGCACUACCUGAACACCCACCACUAUGCCAGCACUACCGCUGGCACCCCAGCCUCUCAUCAUCAUCAUCCCUCCACACACAGUGGCUACCAGCACUUCUGCCGCUCCGACCCCUUCCUGUCUCAGCUCAUGGGUUUUUCCUAUUCCUCCUUUAAGGUAGGGCCCAUCACCCUGGAGCCCACUGAUGAUGGCAUGGCCGGGGUGGCCACCGUCCUCAUCCAGCUGCCUGGGGGCAUCUUGGCCCCGAACCGUGCCUGUCUGGGCUCUGCACUGGUUACUUUGCGCCAGAACCUGCAAGAAUAUUGCGGUCAUGGCAAUGGAGGAGGGCACCCAGGGGCGGGUGCAGGGCGCAAGGGGCUGCUGGGGCAUCAACACCUCACCACUAUGGCUAUGUAGAGGAACAAACAAAUAGAGUAAAUGGAAGUAGAGAAGCUUAAAAAGACAAGUGUCCACAGUGUUUGAUAAAUAAUAAAUACAUUUUUUUGCAAGAACUAUAACUGCACGUCAAAGAAAAAGGCCAAAAGAAAAAGUCAUGUCAUAGCCAGUUAAGUUCAGCAUUAUGAACAGAGUUGUACAUACACUGUAUAAUUAAUUACUGAGUGUAUUUUAUUGUAAUAUGUAUGCUAUACUGCAUUUCAGUGCUUCACAUGACCAAGCCAGCUGUCUCUAAAAUGCACUACAACUGCUGUACGUUAUCGACUAUACAAUGUUGAAUCCUGUCUGUGAUCACUAAAGGAGGUAUGAGCACACCUGGCAGCCAGUCACACUCAAAGACUUCAGCUGGCCUGUCGUUUUGCAUUGACCAAUGGAGAUGGCAAGGAAGACAUCUUCUCACUUUGGAACCAACAUGUGCUUUGUACCCCAAAAAGUGACAAUCAGAAUUGCCGUUGAGAACAAAAGGCACUGACAACGGUUCAGCCUAAUGUGCAAGAUUUGAUUGUCAGCAUACGAGUCAAAGUUGCUUGUGAGAUGGUUUUUAUAUCAUAGUAGAUAUGAGUGAUUAUAAUUGUAACUCAAUAUAUGGCAGGCUUCGAAGCUACAUGUUUAUGUUAAACUGACUCAAAGCCCUGAGUAUAUUUUUGCAUAUUUAUUCACCUGCCCUGUUACAUGGUUGAUGUUGUAUUUGUUUUUUGUUUUUUUUUUUUGCUCAUCUGCCUUCACGUCUUGCCUUGUCUGUGAGUCGACUGGCUUACACUUCGCACUCGUGUUAUGAAACUGUGUGGUGCAGCUUAUGGAGGAUGUAAUAAGAAUAACAUUUACAUUUUCUUUUACGAACUGUUUUUGUAACAAAUGAAGGAUAACAUGUUCACUAGCCAUCUUCAGUUUCUGACACAGUUUUGAUUUAGUAAUCUAACAGGCUCAAUGCUUUUACAUAGCACCCAUCAGAGGAAUGAAGGACUGAUUAAUAAUUUUGGAACAUUUAUUUACAUUUUCCUGAUAUGAAAUGUAUGUAGGUGUUUGCCUAGUUUUGCUGGACUGUCUCUUUUUCCAAGCAACCUGCCUGCUUGGAUGAUUGUAUCAGCCAAUCAGAGCUACAGUUUGAUAAAAAAAAAAAAAUGUAUUUUUAAUUGGUUAUGUGAAAGCUGGAACAAUAUGGUAAUUGUUACUGUAUUUAAACUAGAAAAAUAAUAAUAACGGGAAGAGACAGUUGAAGCUGAAAGUCAAGUUCUCCUGGUGAGAGACGCAUGAAUGAAAUGACAGACAUUUUGGAAGACUGAACAGCAUUUUCUUUUUCAAGGAGACUGAAUUAUUUUUUGGUGUUUGGUGUUGUAUGUUUGUUUUGUUUUCUUUUUGUUUUACUUUUUUUUGCACUGCAUGGAGGCAAAGGACUCCAUUAUUCAUGUGAAACACUAGGAGGGGGGUGUCAUCUAACCUUAAUGGGUAAGGUGGCAUAAAAUGUCAUGGAAAAACUCAGAAUGGUGCUACUGGAUUAUUAUCAAAGAAAUAAAUCAUGACAGAUGUUCUCUCGAACUGAAUAUUCACAGCUUAGUCAAGCAAAAAUAAGGUUCAUGUUAAUACUCGCACUAUUUAUAGCAGCUCUCCACCAAUAGUGUUAUUACUGUUUUGUGUCUUAUCUUUGUUUUUGUUUUUUUUCUUUGCUUUCUUUUUUAACAUGGUUUUUGUACAUAAACUUUAUGUUGCUGUUUGUUUUUGUUUUCAAAGAAGGGAACAGUGUUGUACAGAAGAUUGUUUAUGGCUCAAGACUCUCUGUCCUGGUGAUGAGUUGGCAAAAAUAAAGUCUGGAACAUGAGGA